AUGCGGCGGAUCACCACUCUUUCAUGGCAACGCUCGUUGGUGAGACGACCAGCCAUAGGCAGCGAUGUAAGGUCUUCUCGAUGGCCCGUCACAAGAGCGCAAUGGCUGUCAACAACCGUCGCCCGGCCCUGCUCGUGCUCCGACCCGCAACCUGAACAACCACAACCCCGGACUUCACCCUCCACCCCAUCGACGACGGACUAUCGAGCACUCGGAACGGCGCAGGACCUGUUUACCACCUCUGUCUACAGCCCCGGAUCGCCGCUGUUCCUGCCCAACGGCACCCACGUCAUCAACCGGUUGAUUUCCUUCCUCCGCACACAGUAUCUCCAAUACGGCUUCCGCGAAGUCUUGACACCGACGAUCUACAAGCGUUCCCUGUGGGAAGUGUCAGGACACUGGCAGAACUACAAAGAUGACAUGUAUGAGGUCCGAGGCCGGGGAGCCACGGGGGAGGCCGACGGUGAAGCCGGCGAGGACGAAUCGUACGGCCUGAAACCGAUGAAUUGCCCCGGUCACUGCCUCCUGUUCAAAUCGCAGAACCAUUCCUACCGGGAGUUGCCCAUCCGCUACGCCGAUUUCAGCCCCCUGCACCGCAACGAGGUUUCGGGCUCAUUGAGCGGGCUGACCCGCGUUCGCCGAUUCCACCAGGACGACGGCCACAUCUUCUGCCGACCGCAGCAGAUUAAGGGGGAGAUUGCGUCUGCGCUAGGGUUCGUCGACAUGGUGAUGACCACUUUUGGUCUCGGCCCUUAUCGCCUUGUACUUUCUACGCGGCCGGAGAAGGAUUUUAUCGGGAGUUUGGAAUUGUGGGACAGCGCAGAGGCCCAGCUGCGUGAAGCACUGGAUAACAGCGGGCGAGAGUGGGCGAUGAACGAGGGCGAUGGGGCGUUCUACGGCCCGAAGAUUGAUAUUCAGCUGCAAGACCAGGCGGGGAAGUACCAUCAGUUAUCUACCAUUCAACUGGAUAUGAACCUCCCGCAGCGCUUUGGGCUGGAGUAUCAAGUUGCAGAGGGGGAAGAGGACUACGACCCGGCGACUCCGGGAAGAGCGACGCCGGUGCUGGUACACCGGGCGAAUUUUGGAUCACUGGAACGAUUCUUGGCCCUGCUGAUUGAGCAAUACGGCGGGCGCUGGCCCUUCUGGCUGUCCCCGCGCCAGGGGAUCAUCCUGACGGUCAAUCAGGACGAGGCUGUGCUGACACAGGCACACGAGGCUGCAGCCCAACUCUCUGGUUUCCGGCCUCUGGUGGCCGGUCAGAACGAUGCGAAGACGCCUCGGCCUCUGUCGUCCGUUGACUCGACCUUUCUCAUCGACGUCGAUACCAGCAGCCAGACUCUCGGCAAAAAGAUCCAACGGGCCAAGCAAAUGAAGUACAACUUGAUCUUCAUCCUGGGCCCCAAGGACGUCGCCGACUCCAGCAUCACGGUGGAUGUGACUGGUCAGCUGCAGACCAAGACCGAUGCGGACGGGCGGAAGCUGCAGGAGGUGAUGGAACAACAGUUGGGCGCGACGUCACUCCAAAACCCGCGGUCUGUGCGACUGAAGGUGGACGAGGCCCAUGAUCUGCUGGUGCAACUGGAGAAACGCUUUAUCUGA